AUGAGUCUCUUCAGUCUCCAUGAAAGUACCAUCAUCAUGUAUAUCUACUACUUGUACAUCAUCAUCCAUCCAAAAAGUAAUAGCUUUCAGCAGUUUUUUUGUGUGUUUUUAAAUGUUAUUUUGUGUGUAUAACUAUUCAUGCUUCAGUUAUUACUGUCUUCCAUCUUUCCAAUUUCAGAGAAUGUCACUGACAGGGUUAAAAAGGUAAGGCAUCAUAUCAUAUUCACUUUCAUUGCCAUUGUAACCACUCUUUGAGCGUAUUCACUGUGCAAUAACCUUAUAUUACAUGUGUCUCAUUCAUUUCCCCAUUGCUGUUCUCUACUCCUGUUCUAUCAACCGUAGUGAGGCCACCAACUCAUGGCUUCAUAUGUGCAGGUAAGGUUCUGAAGGUUCUUCAACCUUACCUGGCCAUAUUACUCCUCAUCACCUCCUCCAUCGCUGUGCACGUAGAGAUAGACACACUGUAUGUAUCUCUAUGGCUGCUGUGCCCAUAUCCACUCCAUGUAGAACACCAAACAUUGUAAUGUGCUUCUUCAAUUAUUCUUAAGAAAACCUUAUUAUAAUUUGAAUUGAUGAGAUCUGUGAGUGAAACCUCUUUUUAACUGUGACUGAUUGUUGUUCUUCCACAGCACCCAGACUACAGACAGGGAACAGGAGGCUCAAGGAGGUCCGUGACACAUGCACACACACACACACACACACACACUCUUGCUCUUUCACCCCUCCUUUAUCCCUCCCUCCCUCCCUCCAUCUCUCUCUCUCUCUCUCUCUCUCUCUCUCUCUCUCUCUCUCUCUCUCUCUCUCUCUCUCUCUCUCUCUCUCUCUCUCUCUCUCUCUUUGUUACCUCUUUCUCACUUUUCCUCUUUCUCUCGCCCCCAUCUCCCUCUCUUUGCUGUAUGAUGGGUGCAGACCAGUAUUAUCCCAGUAGAGCUGUUUAAUCCACAUUAGCAAUCAGAGCACCCACAGAGUUAGCCAACUCCUCUGGCUAUUGAUGUCUUGGUCCACAUAUGGGCUUAAGCCAAGCAAUGCUUCUGAUGUCUCACGGUAAACACAUCGUUACAAUGAUAGUUAGAGGAUUAGCUAAAGCACAUAUAGACCAGCGUCAAAGUUGACAAUCAGAUUUCUUUAGUCCUGAGGACCCACAGGUUGUGCAAGCUUUGGUCCAGCCCAGUAGUAAUGUACCCGAGUCAGCUAAUUAACUAAUUAUAAAGAGCUUGAUUAAGUUGAUUCAGAGACAAGGAAAGUGUUGCUUUAUAAAAACACUGACUUUUACCCUCUCACUCCCUAACCCCCAAGAGGCCAUCAGUGAGGUCAUCAUAGAGGAGCCAGAGGCUGCAGUGGUGGAGCCUUCCACAGAACCCACAAAUGACAUAGAGAUGGAGGGGUUGGCGCGGGUCCAGCUGGAGCAGGUGGUGGAGCUGAGUAUCCUGCUGAAGGGAGAGGGGUACAGCGAUGCUCUCAGAGACCCUGCCAGCCUCCAGUACCAGACACUCAACCAGCAGUUCACUGACAAGGUACGCUCAGACCUUCGUUCUGUUUCACUCAAAACGCAUUCAUUAAUUCCUACUUCACUUCCUCUCCUUCCUCUCUCAUCGCUCCAUCAUGCAUUUCUCCACUUCACUCCUUUACAGUACUCAGUUUAUUUCCUCACUCUUUCCUUCUCUCUCACUCUCCUUUCAUCUCUCUGUCACCAUCUCCUCUAAAUCUUCCUCUAAAUGACUUUCCUCUCCUGGCCUCUCCUCACCCAUCACUUUGUUUGUAGGCUUGGCGCUGAGGCUAUAGUGAUUAAUUGUUAGAUUUAACACACACAGUCAGGGCGCUAUUAAGAACCCACACAGUUGGGCAGGAUUUCAAAUUCCCUUUAUUUGACUGUUUGAAUUUGACACUAGGCAUACUUUGUGUGAAAGGAUGCUGAAAUUGACAGUUUAUGAUGUGGCUUGAGACCGCAAGAAGGACUGGAGUCGACAAAGCCUAUUCCCCCCUCAGGAAACUGAAAAGAUUUGGCAUGGGUUCUCAGAUCCUCAAAAAGUUAUACAGCUACACCAUCGAGAGCAUCCUGACUGGUUGCAUCACUGCCUGGUAUGGCAACUGCUCGGCCUCCGACCGCAAGGCACUACAGAGGGUAGUGCGUACGGCUCAGUACAUCACUGGGGCCAAGCUUUCUGCCAUCCAGGACCUCUAUACCAGGCGGUGUCAGAGGAAGGCCCUAAAAAUUGUCAAGGACUCCAGCCACCCUAGUCAUAGACUGUUCUCUCUGCUACCGCACGGCAACCGGUACCGGAGCGCCAAGUCUAGGUCCAAAAGGCUUCUAAACAGCUUCUACCCUCAAGCCAUAAGACUCUUGAACAGCUAAUCAAGGCUACCCGGACUAUUUGCUUUUCCGCUGCUGCUACUCUGUUUAAUAUCUAUGCAUAGUCACUUUAACUCUACCCACAUGUACAUAUUACCUCAAUUACCUCGACUAACCUGUGCCCCCGCACAUUGACUCUGUACCGGUACCCCCUGUAUAUAGCCUCGCUACUGUUAUUUUAUUUUACUGCUGCUCUUUAAUUAUUUUUUAUUUUUUACUUAUCUAUUUUUUACUUAACACUUAUUUUUCUUAAAAUUGCAUUGUUGGUUAAGGGCUUGUAAGUAAGCAUUUCACUGUAAGGUCUACACCUGUUGUAUUCAGCGCUUGUGGCAAAUACGUUUUUUUUUUUUUUUUGAAGGCAGGACACACACACCCACGAACUCACAGAUAACUUUCCUCCACCAUUGAUGCUUUUUGACUGAGAACAACUGGGUCAGACAUUUUACUGCUGCUGGUAAAAUAAGAUGAUUUUGACUCUCCCCUGCUAGCCAUUAAUUUACUCAUUAUUACUCUGUCUUAAACUUGAUCACUCUGUGUACGGAAAGUGGGAAGGAGAUAGAAGAGGGAGGAGGAGAGGGACGGGCAAGUUCGGAAAGACACAAUCUGACAACUGAAGCAGUAGGCUGUGUCGCCAAAUGUGUCAGAAUAAUAGUGAUUGCGAAAGCAGGGUAUCUGGCGCAUUGAGAGAGAAACGCAGAAGAGGGUGUAAUGGCAGGCUUGUUUGCACACUAUUAAACUUGAUUACAUUUUAUCACUGAGGAGGUAUUCCACAAUCCUGGGUCAAUGAGUCAGCAGAACAAUGAUUCUCUUCACAAAGCACUUCACAUUAGCAUCCAGCAACAAGGUUCAAUCAGUGGUCUGAGUGAGUAGUAGUCACUAGAUGGCCAUGCUAGAGAGGACAUCAACUGGCAAUAUCCUCAGAAUUCAUGAGCAAGCCAAGUACAUAAGCUAUUCCUUUUUUAUUUGAUUAGGUUUAGAGAUAAGGUUAGUGAUAAAGUUUGGGCCACGAAUGACAUGGAUGCUGAUGUUGACUGUUGAACUCACGUUGACCUCUGUGUUUGCAGAUAAAGGAUGCUCUGGGGGGACUGCCAGGCUUUAAGAGUGUGGCUGUGCUGGAGUUCAGGUCAGUCUCUACUGUAGUGAUGUAGUAGCCUGGUCCUGGUCACAUCUUGAUGUGCUUUAGUUUAACCAACUCCCUUAACUAUCUUUGUCAUGCUAUACUGUACAUACAUGUAUGGCAUGACAGCAAUAAUCUGAAGAGUUGCCUACAACACACAGAUGUGACCAGGCUAGUGGUGUAGACCAUUGGUUUGAUAAAUUGACCUGACCUUCUAACCUGGUCUUUGUCAAACAUAAUUUCUUUAGAUGAAGUGUGUUUUGUUUUUGUUUCAUGCAGGCUUCAGAAGGAUGCCCAAGGGUGAGUAUAGACCCUUACCAACAGCCCUGGAGGUGUUCAGUCAUUAGUAAUCUGACCCUAGAUCUGUGGUUAAGAAUAACCUAGUCUACACAGAGUGUGUGUGUGUCUCUGCCUGAAGUUCACGCGGGAUCCAUGCUGUGUUUACCUGUGAGCGAGCGUGGACACUUCUGAGGGUGUGUUGGGUGUUUUUUUUUGUUUGCUUGACGUUAAUGGUGUUAUCGUGGUCGCUCACCUGGUAAGCAGGAUAAGGCCGGGGCCUGACAGAGAGACCAGCUGCUACCUAACCCCAACCCAGGAGAGGAGCUUAUCUAAGGGGCUUUAUGCCCACAGCAAUCAGCAUCAUGGCCUGUCAACCACAGGGAGGGACCAUGCUGGGUUUCCCUCAUCAAUGUCUCUACACAGCAAAUUUGUGAUCUGAAUUUUUACACCCACAGUGUUAAAUGUAACACUUUCAAAUCAAAUCAAAUUGUAUUAGUCGCAUACACAUAUUUAGCAGAUGUUAUUGCAGGUGUAGCGAAAUGCUUGUAGUUGUUUGCAAAAAAAACUUUUAGGUGAAUAAUGUAAGAAAUAACAAAAAAUACAAAUAAAUACUGCAAAGUUGCAUAGGAGCUAGAAACAGAGCUGCCAUGUCUAUCGGCGCCAUCUUGAACUUAUACGUGAACAUCUCAAAUAGUGUUAAAUUAACACUUUUCAAAGUGUUGAUAAACUAACAACCCAAGAGUGUUUGGUCCCUAACACUGUGGAUGUUGCAGAUUCUGACUUAAAUUAACACUUUAUUAGAGCUGAUGCUGUUACACUUCCUCAGUGUUAGGGAAUUAACACCUGUGGUGUUACAGUAACUCGUUUUUGGGUGUUUUAAUUAUUUGCAUAUUUCUUUCCCAGGGUGUCUUUCAAGGUACCAGUACCACCCAUGACUGUUUGGUAGUGACAGAGACAUGAUUGUUGCAUUCGAUGGCUUUCAGUCCUGUAGCCUUCACCAAGUGAAACACACCAGAGAUUUUAACACAAAUUUGCUGUGUAGGCACACUAACACACACAGGAAUACACACACACACACACACACACACACACACACACACACACACACACACACACACACACACACACACAGUCCUCUGCUCAUGCAAUUACAUGGGACUUUACUAAGAAAAGCCUUGCUCUCCUCUGAGUGGUGAUCCCAGAUUCCCAGGUCAGUAGCGCUACAGUAUGGAACUGACAGGAACAGAACAGUAGGUCCAUCUGCUCACCUGGUAUCUGCAGGUGCAGCAGAAGAGUAGGAAAAUAACAUAGAGUAGUUUCAAGUGUCAUUAAACACUUGGAUUCUGAAAGUUGUCUUAUCAAGGAGUAUUCCUUUACCCAGUUUGAGCUGACAGCAGGAAAACUGGGAUGUGGUGGUGCAGUGAGCUGAUUACAGGCACGUGCCUCACCCUGGGCCAAGCCAAGCUGCUGAGAGAUCUAGGUCACAGGGAAAAAGAGAAGAGCAGAGAAGGGCUCCCUGAAGCCAUAUGAAGCUGAUAGAUGGCUUUUUCCACAUAGCCAGGUUCAACAUCCAGAGUCUCUUGUGCAUUUUUUGUUGUGUUUAUGACCAUAUUGAUCACUUUAGUGGUAGGUCUGGUUGGAUGGAAGUCAUGGAAGUUAUAGUAAAAAAUCUAUAAAACUAUCAUUUCAGAAUAGACUCAUAUGCUUUUAACAGGUUGGUUAGUACAUCUUUGGAACUCUACUCUUCCAAGGGAAACUGCUCUCCUCUUAGAGACGCUGUUUCUAGCUAAGCUUAGAUGAAUAAACUUAUCAAUAAAAUAAUAUAUACAUUGAUAGUAAAAUUUUAUGAUUUGUCAAUGGGUGUAUGGGUGGAUAGAUGUUGAUGAUGGAGGGAUGGAUAUAAAUAUACUUCAUAGAUUGAUAUAUUGAUCAACUGACAGAUUAACUGACUGAUGUAUCUGUACAUAUAUUGCCUAUGCAGGUUGGAUGGUGUGGUGGUGGUCUAUGCGGUGACAGUAGAGGUGGAAGAGGAGGGGGUGAGCAGUGACCAGCUGGACUACCUGACCCUGCAGUCCAAUCUGGUGGAGAACUCCUACAGAGAGGUGGAGGAGAGGAACUACAUCACUGAGGCCCAGCACAAGGACAACAUCAUCAGUGAUACAACCCUGGCCCUGGACCCUGACUCACUGCAACUAGACACUGGUACAGCACUACACAACACUACUGUACAAUACACUAUUUACACAUUACCAUACAAUGCCAAACCACUAUACACAAUACUCUGGCACUGUAGCCCAGGGCCGGCUCUAGCCUAAGCGAGAUUUGGUUGGGGGGCCCCCAUCUUGCGGCAAAACAUUUUAGUGGACCCCUUCUUUACGGUGGAGAGAAACAUUUAAGUUUUAAAGUUAAUUUCCUUACAUUUUCCACAUUUUGCCAUGGGCUGGAGGGAAAGUGUUGCAGUUCUAAAGCAAACUUUCUCAAACUUUACACAUUUUGCCAUUAGGCAGAGAGAAAACAUAUUAAUUUCAUAACAAAUUGCAUGCAAAUAUACCCAUUUUGCCAGGGGGUGGAGAGCAAUUUGUGCCAUUUUAAAGCAAUUCUACAGAUGUUUUAAUGAUUUAUGCCAUGAUAAUAUGAUAUCUGAGUGAGAAGAAAAAGAAAAAGAUGAAUGGGUGCUCCCUGGAGGUCAGGGCCUCUAGGCACGUUCCCUGUGUGCCUAGUCGAUAUUUGGCCAUGAUUACUGCAAGUUUAGAUACACUACAUGACCAAGAGUAUGUGGACACUGGAACUAAGGAGACUCACCCUAACCAUGAAAAACAGCCCCAGACCAUUAUUCCUCCUCCAACAGACUUUACAGUUGGCACUAUGCAUUCGGGCAGGUAACGUUCUCCUGGCAUCCGCCAAACCCAAAUUUGUCAGUUCGACUGCCAGAUGGUGAAUCGUGAUUCAUCACUCCAGAGAACGCGUUUCCAUGGCUCAAGAGUCCAAUGGCGGCGAGCUUUACACCAGUCUAGCCGACGCUUGGCAUUGCGCAUGGUGAUCUUAGACUUGUGUACGGCUGCUCGGCCAUGGAAACCCAUUUCAUGAAGCUCCCGACGAACAGUUAUUGUGCUGACGUUGCUUCCAGAGACAUCUUGGAACUCGGUAGUGAGUGUUGCAACCGAGGACAGACGAUUUUUACACGCUUCAGCACUCAGUGGUCCCGUUCUGUGAGCUUGUGUGGCCUACCACUUCACUGCUGAGCCGUUGUUGUUGCUGCUAGAUGUUUCCACUUCGCACUUACAGUUGACCGGGGCAGCUCUAGCAGGGCAGAAAUUUGACAACCUGACUUGUUGGAAAGGUGGCAUCCUAUGACGGUGCCACGUUGAAAGGCACUGAGCUCUUCAGUAUGGGCCAUUCUACUACCAAUGUUUGUCUAUGGAGAUUGCAUGGCUGUGUGCUUGAUUUUAUACACCUGUCAGCAACGGGUGUGGCUGAAAUAGCCAUAUCCACUAAUUUGAAGGGGUGUCCACAUACUUUUGUGUAUAUAUAGUGUAGCUGGCUACUGUAGACUAACUACCAAGCAAAAAAUUGUUAGCUGACAAGGCUAAUUGAGUGACUGUCAGUGACUGACAUAACUAAAAAAAAACUGCUAAUGCACAGCCAAAUUUCGAAAUUGCACUUGGUGUAUUCUACUAUUCUUACUCUCAAUAGUAAGUUGAGACCCCGACUGAGUUCCAUAUCUACAUACAGUGCCAUCGGGAAAGCAUUCAGACUCCUUGACCUUUUCCACAUUUAUUACGUUACAGCCUUAUUCUAAAAUACAUUAAAAAAAUUACAAGCCUCAGCAAUCUACACACAAUACCCCAUAAUGACAAAGCGAAAACAGUUUUGUAUUUUAAUUUUUUAUAAAAAAACAAUAGAAAUACCUUAUUUACAUAAGCAUUCAGACCCUUUGCUAUGAGACUAGAAAUUGAGCUCAGGUGCAUCCUGUUUCCACUGAUCAUCCUUGAGAUGUUUCUACAACUUGAUUGGAGUCCACCUGUGGUAAAUUCAAUUGAUUGGACAUGAUUUGGAAAGGUACACACCUGUCUAUAUAAGUUGACAGUGCAUGUCAGAACAAAAACCAAGCCAUGAGGUCGAAGGAAUUGUCCGUAGAGAUCCGAGACAGGAUUGUGUCGAAGGCACAGAUCUGGGGAAGGGUACCAAAACAUUUCUGCAGCAUUGAAGGUCCCCAAGAACACAGUGGCCUCCAUCAUUCUUAUAUGGAAGAAGUUUGGAACCACCAAGACUCUUCCUAGAGCUGGCCGCCUGGCCAAACUGAGCAAUCGGGGGAGAAGGGCCUUGUUUAGGGAGGUGACCAAGAACCCGAUGGUUACUCUGACAGAGCUCUAGAGUUGCUCUGUGGAGAUGGGCGAACCUUCCAGAAGGACAACCAUCUCUGCAGCACUCCACCAAUCAGGCCUUUAUGGUAGAGUGGCCAGACGGAAGCCGCUCCUCAGUAAAAAGCACCUGAUAGCCCGCUUGGAGUUUACCAAAAGGCACCUAAAGGACUCUCAGACCAUGAGAAACAAGAAUGCCAAGUGUCACGUCUGGAGGAAACCUGGCACCAUCCCUACGGUGAAGCAUGGUGGUGGCAGCAUCAUGCUGUGGGGAUGUUUUUCAGCGGCAGGGACUGGGAGGCUAGUCAGGAUCGAGGCAAAGAUGAACAGAGCAAAGUACAGAGAGAUCCCUAAUGAAAACUUGCUUCAGAGCGCUCAGGACCUCAGACUGGAGCGAAGGUUCACCUUCCAACAGGACAAUGACCCUUAGUCCACAGCCAAGACAACGCACGAGUGGCUUCGGGACAAGUCUCUGAAUGUCCUUGAGUGGCCCAGCCAGAGCACAGACUUGAACCUGAUCUAACAUUUCUGGAGAGAUGCAAUACAAUAGCUAUGCAGCGGCGCUCCACAUCCAACCUGACAGAGCUUGAGGGCAUCUGCAGAGAAGAAUGGGAGAAACUCCCCAAAUACAGGUGUGCCAAGCUUGUAGCGUCAUACCCAAGAAGACUCGUGGCUGUAAUCUCUGCCAAAGGUGCUUCAACAAAGUACUGAGUAAAGGGUCUAAAUACUUAUGUAAAGGGUAUGAAUACUUAUGUAAAUGUGAUAUUUCAGACAAUUUUCAAAAAUGUUUUUAAAAAAACAGUUUUUGCUUUGUCAUUAUGUGGUAUUGUGUGUAGUUUGAUAAGGGGGAAAAAACUAUUUUAUCCAUUUUAGAAUAAGGCUGUAACAUAACAACAUUUUGAAAAAGUCAAGGGGUCUGAAUACUUUCUGAAUGCACUGUAUAUAUAAACGCAACAUGCAACAAUUUCAAUGAUUUUACUUAGUUACAGUUCAUAUAAGGAAAUCAGUCAAAUGAAAUAAAUUCAUUAGGCCCUAAUCUAUGGAUUUCACAUGACUGAGCAGGGGUUCAGCCAUGGGUGGGCCUAGGAGGGCAUAGGCCCACCCACUUGGCAGCCAGGCCCACCCACUGGGGAGCCAGGCCCAGCCAAUCAGAAUGAGUCUUUCCCCACAAAAGGGCUUUAUUACAGACAUAAAUACUCCUCAGUUUCAUCAGCUGUCCGGGUGGCUGGUCUCAGACGAUCCCGCAGGUGAAGAAGCUGGAUGUGAAGGUCCUGGGCUGGCAUGGUUACACGUGGUCUGCGAUUGUGAGGCCGGUUGGACGUACUGCCAUAUUCUCUAAAACGACACUGGAGGCGGCUUAUGGUAGAGAAAUGAACAUUCAAUUCUCUGGCAACAGCUCUGGUGGACAUUCCUGCAGUCAGCAUGCCAAUUGCACACUCUCUCAAAACUUGAGACAUCUGUGGCAUUGUGUUGUAUGACAAAACAAUAUAUAAGUGUGUGUGUAUAUAAUGAUUUGGGGUCGGGGGCACCCUAGCGCCCAAGGGCCCUAAGUGACCGCUUAUGUUUGGAAUUGGCCCUGCUGUAGCCAGACUAUGAAUUCCAUGGGACCCAACACCCUACAACACCAUACAAUGAAGCCAACAACACCAAUUGGAUCACUGUAUCUGAUUGUAAGACACCUAGUUCCACAAGAGCCAGCCCCAACCUACCUUAGUUGUCCCACCUCCACCUAUCCACACUGGCUCUCUGGGGCCUAAUUUCCUUCAUUCUAUUUAACAGCACUUGGUCUUAUGCAGCGUUUUGUGGUGAAGAGAUUUCUGUUCAGAAGUGGGUCAUUUUCGAUAAACAAAUAACAGACUCAUCUUUUAUAGGGACUGUGUAUUUACUCUGCAGCAGUUCAAUCUUCCUCAUUAAACGGUCUGUCUGAUCGAAGUGAGCCAACUGGAUUUGAAGAAUCAGAACCCUUACCUCUCUUGCUUUACUUCAAUCCAUUACCUUCACUGGGCUCCAGUGCAUGUUUUAGUUGCACACACACACAUAUACACAUGCACACACAUACAUGCUCCACACAAACACACAUACAGUGGGGAAAAAAAGUAUUUAGUCAGCCACCAAUUGUGCAAGUUCUCCCACUUAAAAAGAUGAGAGAGGCCUGUAAUUUUCAUCAUAGGUACAUGUCAACUAUGACAGACAAAUUGAGAUUUUUUUUUACAGAAAAUCACAUUGUAGGAUUUUUAAUGAAUUUAUUUGCAAAUUAUGGUGGAAAAUAAUUAUUUGGUCACCUACAAACAAGCAAGAUUUCUGGCUCUCACAGACCUGUAACUUCUGCUUUAAAAGGCUCCUCUGUCCUCCACUCGUUACCUGUAUUAAUGGCACCUGUUUGAACUUGUUAUCAGUAUAAAAGACACCUGUCCACAACCUCAAACAGUCACACUCCAAACUCCACUAUGGCCAAGACCAAAGAGCUGUCAAAGGACACCAGAAACAAAAUUGUAGACCUGCACCAGGCUGGGAAGACUGAAUCUGCAAUAGGUAAGCAGCUUGGUUUGAAGAAAUCAACUGUGGGAGCAAUUAUUAGGAAAUGGAAGACAUACAAGACCACUGAUAAUCUCCCUCGAUCUGGGGCUCCACGCAAGAUCUCACCCCGUGGGGUCAAAAUGAUCACAAGAACGGUGAGCAAAAAUCCCAGAACCACACGGGGGGACAUAGUGAAUGACCUGCAGAGAACUGGGACCAAAGUAACAAAGCCUACCAUCAGUAACACACUACGCCGCCAGGGACUCAAAUCCUGCAGUGCAAGACGUGUCCCCCUGCUUAAGCCAGUACAUGUCCAGGCCCGUCUGAAGUUUGCUAGAGUGCAUUUGGAUGAUCCAGAAGAGGAUUGGGAGAAUGUCAUAUGGUCAGAUGAAACCAAAAUAGAACUUUUUGGUAAAAACUCAACUCGUCGUGUUUGGAGGACAAAGAAUGCUGAGUUGUAUCCAAAGAACACCAUACCUACUGUGAAGCAUGGGGGUGGAAACAUCAUGCUUUGGGGCUGUUUUUCUGCAAAGGGACCAGGACGACUGAUCCGUGUAAAGGAAAGAAUGAAUGGGGCCAUGUAUCGUGAGAUUUUGAGUGAAAACCUCCUUCCAUCAGCAAGGGCAUUGAAGAUGAAACGUGGCUGGGUCUUUCAGCAUGACAAUGAUCCCAAACACACCGCCCGGGCAACGAAGGAGUGGCUUCGUAAGAAGCAUUUCAAGGUCCUGGAGUGGCCUAGCCAGUCUCCAGAUCUCAACCCCAUUGAAAAUCUUUGGAGGGAGUUGAAAGUCCGUGUUGCCCAGCGACAGCCCCAAAACAUCACUGCUCUAGAGGAGAUCUGCAUGGAGGAAUGGGCCAAAAUACCAGCAACAGUGUGUGAAAACCUUGUGAAGACUUACAGAAAACGUUUGACCUGUGUCAUUGCCAACAAAGGGUAUAUAACAAAGUAUUGAGAAACUUUUGUUAUUGACCAAAUACUUAUUUUCCACCAUAAUUUGCAAAUAAAUUCAUUAAAAAUCCUACAAUGUGAUUUUCUGGAAUUUUUUUUCAUUUUGUCUGUCAUAGUUGACGUGUACAUAUGAUGAAAAUUACAGGCCUCUCUCAUCUUUUUAAGUGGGAGAACUUGCACAAUUGGUAGCUGACUAAAUACUUUUUUUCCCCACUGUAUGUGAACACACACACCGAGCUAAACCGCUUCAGCGAGUGUGUCAGUAAGUAGGUUAGUUCUAACUUCUGGCAGGGUUUCUUCCAGCGAAUGGAACAAGUUCUACAGUAAUGAUGACUAUACCUUCUCCCUGGGCUAUGGGAAUUCUCCCUGGCGGUGUUGUAAAGGAAUCAGUGUAAUUCGUUUACUGUGUUUCCCUGAAGAUAGAUGCCGUCUGAUGGACCGGGUCAUCUGAAAUGAGGGGUAAAUACUGUCAGAUGCCUGCCUGGCACGGUGUGUGGUGACUUACAGGCACUGCUUGGCUCCAAGUUACAGCCUCCAGGCCUGAUGGUAAUGCAGUCUUCGCCCACAGUGGCAGGUAUAGGGGCCAGAUCUGUAGGGUGAUUAGUAGGGUUCCCCUUAGGUAAGCACACAGUCAGCACCACCACUGUCAGGACUGGGGAGAGGGAGAGUGGAUUUUACAGAAAACGUAAUUCCUCCUGUACAUUGAGAGAGAAAGUUUGACUUAUUAUGCAGCAGAGUUUGUUGAGAGCCUUUUGUUGUUGUUUAUAAUGAUCCUGGAAAUCUGAAUAUUAGGUUUGAUUGAAUAGGGCCUCCUGUGACUCUGUGACAGUAUUGACUCUGUGUCCUCUUUGGUUUCACAGUGUCCAGUGUUACUGAGUCCUUUGAGCCCACUGCUGGAAUACCCGAGGAUUACACCAACGGCAGUGUGGUAAGUCAGAGGUCAUCUCCAUGACAACAGCCUUUGACCUCUCCUGUUGGUCCAGAGGUACUUUCUGGACAACAGUGAGAGGCACAAUGCUGAGCAUGGAUCUUUCUAAAUAUCAAACCAAAUCUAUAUAGGUGUGCAUUUCAGUGUGGAGUGUAUUAGAAUGGUGUGUUAGGUAAUGUCUUGUUAAGACUGCUGCUAGGUGGUGUUAACCAGGCCUCUCCAGUCCAGUGCUGAGGAAAUGGAAAAGGAUGAGGGGAAGGCUUUGAGGAUUAGCUUGGCUCUUGCUAUAAUAAUCCACUACUGUUCUGGGGCUACAGAGAGAGAGAGAGAGAGAGAGAGAGAGAGAGAGAGAGAGGGUGAUAUAUUCUCACUCCAACUGUGUUUGUGAGGGAUAGGUCUAGAACAUUUUGAAAGAUAAACAGAUAAACAAUGCAGGACUCUAUUAUCAUUGUUGAAUGUUACACGUCUGUCUGAUUCUGCCAGUAGUCUAGCAGCUUAAAUGUGCUGUGUCGUGGUAAUCAGAGCUGGGAGCUCCAGUCUUGAUCUUGGACAGUAACUGGGUCUGCUGGUCUACUUUGCCUGCUAAGGCCCUAAGUGAUUAAUUGGAGUAAUUACAUGGACUGGAAGAGGUUGGCAAACUACCAGUCAGUAACUGGCAUUUACAGCCAACCGCACACAGCCAUAACAGAAGCUCUAGGCAUCAAAGCUGCCCAGGACUACCUUAUCUUAGAGUGAUAGAUUUCUCUCCAUCAGACAGAAGCUGGAUUUUAGUUAGUAUUAUGCCUUGGAGUAGUUGUCACACCAUGUAGGUAGUUAAAACUUGAUAACAAUACACAGAGCAUGUGCAUGUCAGUAAAUCAUUUUUGGCAGUCAUUAAGUCAUGGAAACCUAUAAUUCCCUAGCCUUGCAGUUUUGAAGACUACUGAUUAUAAUAUAAUACAGUACAGGGUUGUGGUAAAUUCCAUGUCCUGAAUUGAAAUGGAAUGGAAUGGAACCCCAACCUGAUGGUGUAACAGUUGAGGGACUAAUAGGUUUCUCCUGUAAUGUUUCUGUUGUCAAGGAGGACAUUUUGGCUGCUGAGAUGACCCCAGACGCCCCCGAGGUUGAAGCUGAGGAUGUAGCAACGGGGGAGAAUGAUGUCAUUGUUCAGGAGGACAGCGUGAUCCUCCCCGCUGAGCCUGAGGUGACCAUCGAUGACACAAGCAUUGAGGAGGAGGUUAUGCUGUUGGAGAACACUGUGUCUACAGAGAGCCCUCUGCUGGAGGACCUCCCUACAGACCCUACCUCCCCUGAGCAGCCAGAGGGCGCUACGCUCCCCGAGCCUCCUCUGGAGAUAGAGGCCUCUGGUUCAGGUGUUAGCGUACUGGAGGACUUGCCCUUCCAGCCUGAAGAAGAGGAAGAAGAGGCCACAGAAGAAGAGCCAGCCCCAGCUCCAGAAGAGGAACUGACCAUAAAAGAAGAGGUAGUUCCAGAAGAGGUAAUCAUAGAGGAAGAUAUCCAAACAGAGGAAGCUGAAGCGGAGGUCUCUGAGGAAGAUGAGGUAGAGGAGGAAACAGUGGAGGUCCCUGACACAGCAGAGGUUCUAGAAGAGGAAGCUGGACCCUCUGAAGACCUGGAGUACUCCAUCAUAGAGACAGAGACCAUUGAAGAGGAAGAGGCCCCUGCCUUCGUCCCUGUGGAGACGAUGGAAGCUCCCGAGCCAGCGGAGGACCUCAUUGUCCCCGAGAAUCCCCCUGCCAUCGAGACUCUGCCCCCAGAUGAGCCUGAAGAGGAGACUAACGUGGGGCUGGCUUAUCCAGAAAUACCUGAAUAUGGAGAGGAAGUUGAGAGCUUAGAGGAGGGACCAAUCAUCGAGGAGCCAGUAACUAAAGAGGAUGUUGUGGAGGUGGAGGUGGAGGAAGAGGUGGCAGAAGAAGUGGUCGUUGAAGUUCCGGACAUUUCUGAGAUCUCGGAGGAGGACUUGGUAGAAGACAAGAUCUUAUUGGUCGAUGAGGCUUCUCCGGAGGCCACCCACCCCACCCCUCUCUCUGCGGAGAAAGAGUCACCCUUCACCCGAGUCUCUGAUGUCAUAGUAGAGGAGGAGGAGGUGACAGUGGCCACAGCCCUGGACACAGCCCCAGAACCAGAGGCAGAACAAGAGGACCAGGGUGUCACCCCAGCUCUCAUACCCGCCGAGUACCACCCUGGUCCAGACAUUUCCAUCACUCUGGAGGUAAUGACAGAUGACUGAGAGUUGAUGUUUGUAGUGUAUGUUUUUCAGGGCUCUGAGUUUUUCCUGUCUUAGUGACCAAGUGACUUGACUAGGAAAAACUCCCCUUGUUAUAGUACUGAGUUAUUCGCCGUUCAAGCAGGCAGAAAUACAGCGGGCAUUACGUGUUUUGCAUCAUGUUUUGCAUCAUAAAGGCUGUAUUUCUGCCUGCUUGAACGGCGAAUAGCUCAGAUACACAUGAAAACAUUAAAUGACCCUGGGAAUCGUAUUUGUGCAUCUUUGAGCAAUGAUCUAUUGAUUCCUGGGGUAAUUUCAUGUUUUCACGUGAAUGACCGAUUGUCGGUCUGCACAUUAGGGGCCGUUCAUUCACUGUUCGUUCGCUUGCUAUCGGCGCGGUGUGUUAUAGGGACCUCCCGCCAGUGUCGACUGACGGCCGUCAUUUUCGCCCAUUUCAACAUGUAGAAUCAGUUUGCAAAUUAUGGCCGGCACUGUGUUUAGAGGUGCUAAGUACUCUCGGCCAGCAAUCCUACUGGUCUGUCCAUGCCUUUAGUCUAAUCAUCUGUAAGCACAGACAUUUCCUUGUUGUAUCAUGAAUGUUACCAAAUGUUGUUCCACACUGACCAAUUGCACCAUGAAUUGUGUCAUGUCUGUUUAACCAGCUGCAGACGAUAGACCCUGUGACAGACUAUGACCUGGUCCACUUCGGCGGGACAAAUCAAACAGAGGAGGGGAGCAGUGGGUACCCUUCUGGAGUGGUACAUGGUACGGACCACAGCAUUGCCAUGCCAAUCAACCCUGGGCGGGCUCUGAUGGUGUUCUUCAGUCUGAGGGUCACCAACAUGAUGUUCUCAGAUGACCUCUUCAAUAAGAGCUCCGCGGAAUACAAGGCCCUGGAACAAAGGUUCCUAGAGCUGGUGAGCUAUUCAUUUUGAGCAUUUAUUCCCCCUGUAUUGACUUAAUUUGAAGUGUUGUAUGUAGACAGUGUCAACUCUCUGAACCCAUCUUUCUCUCUCUCUCUCUCUCUCUCUCUCUCUCUCUCUCUCUCUCUCUCUCUCGCUCUCUCUCGCUCUCUCUCGCUCUCUCCAUUCCCUCCUCCCUCUCCCCUCUCUCCCUCCCUGCCCCCCCAUCUAGCUGGUCCCCUACCUCCAGUCCAACCUUACUAACUUCCAGAAUCUGGAGAUCCUGAACUUCCGGAAUGGGAGUAUCGUGGUCAACAGCCGGAUGAAAUUCGGGAGGCCGAUGCCUCGCGGCGUCAACAAUGCAGUCUACUUGAUCCUGGAAGACUUCGCUAACACAGCCUACCAAACUAUGAACCUGGCCAUUGACAAGUACUCACUGGACGUAGAGUCAGGUAAGGUUGACAAUUACCACAUAUUUCACCGGAGACACAAAUGCAGUUACAAUGCCUUAAAAUGUGCAUAUCUACAUGGAUUGUAAGUUAAACGCAUGACACAACCGAUCCAUUUUUAGCAUGAAAGCCUUUUUCAGGGUGGUUCUUAUCUAGACAGAAGACAAAGAGCCGGUCUCACCAGCCAGACCCUGGCAACCAGGAACACAACAUCUGUAUAGUGUUGACGAGUAGGGGGGUGUGAACUAGAGAACAGAUACUGUAUGAAUAAAAACGUUGACAUCUUUUGUCAUAUACCCCUGUUUUCAUGCAAGGAGAAACUAUAUCAUGCUAUGACUCGGGACUAAACUUAAAGUAAAUAUGCAGAGCAAUUAAAAUAAUUUAUUUGAAUUGGAACUAGUGAACUGCAUUGUCUGCACUUAUCCAAUGUGCACUUAUCAGGAGUCGACUGGAAAUGCCCUAACACCUGUGUCCUGUGUGUUGUUGCUAGGUGACCAGGCGAACCCGUGUAAGUUCCAGGCGUGUAAUGAGUUUGCCCAGUGUUCUGUGAACCGCUGGUCUGGCGAGGCGGAGUGUGUUUGUAAUGCUGGCUACUUCAGCGUGGAAGGUCUGCCCUGUCAGAGCAUCUGUGAAUUGCAGACAGACUUCUGUAUGAAUGACGGGAAGUGUGACAUCAUACCUGGACAGGGGGCCAUCUGCAGGUGUGUGUUUGUGUGUGUGUGUGAAUUUCAUUACAAUUGACAGAAUCUGAAUGGCACUUACCCCACUCUUUAUUGAAGGACCAAUGCACAAUUCCAAUAAAUGUCCAUACUGUAAAGCCAUCUCAGAAACAACAUAAUGGAAAUGCACAGGCUCAUGCACACACACACACAGUAUGUAUAAACAGAUGUGUGUGCCAACAUGUGUGAGGCCUCUGUUUCACACAUUUAACAUUUAAGUCAUUUAGCAGACGCUCUUAUCCAGAGCGACUUACAUCACACCCACCAUCAUAAAACAAACAGAGCACUCCAGAUGUUGUUUACCUCAACAUGGCCAACGAGGAAGUUCACACCCUCCAUGGAACGUUUAAUCCCAGUUCCCACAAAUAACAAAUAAACAUUUACACUCAAUUUAACUUUUCUUGAGCAUUGAUCAACUUCAGUGUGUGUGUGUGUGUUAUUGUGUUGCACUAACAGUUGUUCCUUAUGAUUCUAGGUGUCAUUAUGUUGAGAAUUGGUUGUGUUCUAGGUGUGUGUGUAUGUGUGGUACUAAAAGUUGUUCCUUGUGGUUCUAGAUGUCGUGUAGGGGAGAACUGGUGGUACCGUGGAGAACACUGUGAGGAGUAUGUGUCAGAACCUCUGGUGGUCGGCAUAGCGAUUGCCUCCGUAGCAGGUUUCCUAUUGGUUGCAUCUGGUGUGAUCUUCUUCCUGGCGAGGACACUACGGGAUCAGUACGAUAAGGAUGAGGCAGAGGACCCAAUACGGUGAGUGUCAACACACACCACUCCUUCUUUGUCAUAGCCUCUCAGAGGGAGGGUACAUCACCUGUUGGAUAGGGACUGCCAUCCAGUCAUAUAAGUAGUUAGAGUUGUGUGUGUGUGUGUGUGUGUGUGUGUACAGUGCGUGUGUGUAGGUGUGUUGGUGCGUGUACGUGACUGUGUGUGCUUUAGGAGGUGAACAAAGUGUAGGUGUCUCUAACACUGUCAGGAGGCCAGAGGCCUUAUAUGCACUGUAGCCCUGGUCAGUACAGUACAGUACAGCAGCUUACAGGUGUUAUGUUAUUAGUAAAUACCACUACAGACUUAACCUGUCUAAAUAUAAUUACUGUAAAAGGACAUCCCCUAUUUAAGCCUUGGUCAGACAUGAUUAUCACAGAAGACUACCAUAGUGACUCCUUUCUCUCUCCCUCAUUUAUUCUCUUUGGGGACUGAGUUAAUCGUUACCCUUUCAAAUAAACAAUGUCCUCUUACCCACGACCCUCCAACCUACUCUCACUUACACAAAGGGUUUUGUCCCGAUUACAAUUACCAGACAGAGGUAUUUGUUGGUCUCUCUUUCUCCUAUUAGCAGACUAAGCUCAGAUUUCUCUCUCUCUCUGUCCCCCAGGCGAGGGGAGAGUAUCCCGUCUCUAGAGAGGGCCACUAAGUACAACCCCAUGUAUGAGAGUGAGGCCACGACGGGCUACAGCCACUACUACCGCCGCUACCCAGAGGCCCCGGUCUACAGCAGCGCCAGCGCCGAGGCCUCCACAGACUUCAGCAGUGAGGAGAUACGCCACAUCUACGAGAACAGCGAACUGACCAAGGAGGUGUGUGUCUGUGUGUGUAGGCUGGUGGGGUUGAAGGAAGGUGAAAGCCAAUGUGUGGGAUCCCCUUCCAUAUUUACCUCCUACUUAUCUCAUACGUAUCAUUCAAUUCCUUAAUCUAAUCUGUACUGUCUGGAUAUAGGCCUACCGUUUGGACACAAUGUCUGUCUGUCAUGUAACCUUUCUCACCCUGUUAACCACACCCACUCUUCUUCCACAGGAAAUCCAGGACAGGUUACGCAUCAUCGAGCUCUAUGCGAAGGACCGGCAGUUUGCAGACUUUCUGCGGCAGCAUCAAACGUGAGUGUGGCUCCAAUCAUUUAUUCAGGUCUAACUUGAGAUUUGAGCGUGCAAAUCAGACUUUAGAAACAGAUAAGGAUGAAGACUGGGAAGACAAUGCAAAGGGAAGGAGACAUUUGGCUCCCAGAAACAUCUAACCAGCUAUGUCUGCCCCAGAGAGACAGGCCACAUUAGUGGAGACAGACAGUCACUCUGUUUGGUUUCAAUGUGACUGGCAGCAUAUGUCUGUGUGAGAGUGAGAGAAAAUAAGUGUGAGUGUGAGGUAUUGGGUUGCAUGAGCGUGGUGAUGUUGCAUGCCAUCACUAAUUAGAGUCGUAUUAGUGUGAUCGCGUGCGAAUGUGUGCAACUGCUGUCUCUGUGUGUGUGUGUGUGUGCGUGUGCGUGUCUUGUCUGGUCUGUGUGUGUAUUGAGUUGCUUGGAUUUGCAUGGCACAGUUAGUGCCAAGUGUCUGCUGCCUAUUACCCACACUGCCCAGUGUAAUCAGUGUGUGUGUGUGUCUUCCACAGUGCCCUGGAUACACGCAGAGAGAGCACGUCCACGUAGACCUGUAUGGGACACUCAGCUGUAUGCUGAGCAACAUGGUAGCCUGUCCUUAACUUGUGAGCAUAGGAGAGUCUUUGCUCUUGCCCCGUCCUGCUUUUCCUCCUUUGUCAGUGCCUUCUCUCGAUUGGGUGAGCUCUGCUGGAAUGGGUGUGGUGGCUGUGGGCAUAUCUGCUGCUCAUUGGAUGUCUUCCUUUGGGGGAAGACCUGCCUCCCUCCAUCUAGAAUCGUAUUUGUUACUUGAAAUGAUGACAAACAAAAUGCAAUGCUCUCUAGGAUACCUGUUCUUUAGGUAGCACAUAAUACAUGAUAGAGUAUUACAUUUGCAUGUAAUGUCAUAUCUCACCCAGUUGUUGUUGACAGAAGAAUGUAGCACUGUGAAUGUGUAAGUAUUUAUCCCAUUGGAAUGUUGGAUAGGUACUGUAAGGUGUGAUUCUCACUGUAUCUGCUAAUGGUUAAAGAACUGUAUGAACUAGAGCCUUUUCUUAGAGGGAUGGUCUAUACCAGGGGUACACAACUCAGGCCUUCAGGCAACUCUGGCCCUCUGGCAACUCAGGCCUUCAGGCAACUCUGGCCCUCUGGCAACUCAGGCACUCUGGCAACUCAGGGCUUCAG